CAUUAACUGAAAACAGCCAGGGCCUUCUCUCCUUCCCUCUCUCUUUUAUUGCAAGACAUCCCCCUUCUUAAAAGAUUCAUUUUUAGAGAGAGGUGAAGGGAGGGAGAGAGGGAUAGAAACAUCAAUGUGUGGCUGCCUCUUGAGCACCCCCUACUGGGGACCUGGCUUGCAGCUCAGGCGUGUGCCCUGACUGGGAGUCGAACCAGCAACCCUUGGGUUCAUAGGCUGGUACUCAAUCCAGUGAGUCAGGGCUUUCUUGCUUGCUCGAUUUUUUGAAAAAAAGUAUUUCAUUUGUCUGCUGUUGCCAGUGUGUAUAAAGUAAUGAUCCUUGUGAAAUAAGAAUUCCUGAGGAUUCAGAGAUGUAGAUGUUAAGGACAAACGCAGAAGUUUGUAUAGCGUGGGGCAUGGGUCAGGGAUAAGCUUUCUGUCCAGACUUCACACUUAGCUCUCCCUGAGUAUUCCUGGGUUCAUCAGAAGUGGUUUGGAACACCUUCAAACAUUCAUUUCCCUGCAAAAAGGAACAGACUUUCUGAGGUCUGAGGGGAUUUGCACUUGAAUAUACUCCAGCCAGCGGGGGUACAGGUUGAGCAUUUUGCAGACCCAGUUGUUUCAGGUCUGCAGCUACCUGGGAAACCGCCAUGGGAUCGAGCCCAGCCUCUGGCUGGAGCUGUCGAGUCACUUUCCUUUUGCUUUCUUCCUUUUUUAAAUAAAAAGAUUUAAUGUACUUAUUUUUAGAGAGAGGGGAAAGGAGGGAGAGAGGGAGAGAAACAUGAUGUCUAAGUGAAACAGUGACCCUGCCCCUCUCACACCCCCAACCGGGGACCUACCCACAACCCAGGCACCUGCCCCGACUGGGAGUUGAACGCACGACCCUUUAGUUCACAGGCCGGCGCUCAUGAGCUACACCAGCCAAGGCCAAACCACUUUCUUCAUAGCAGUGAUUCUGGAGUCAUAGCAGAUCAGUCUUUGGGGGGUUCCUUUACAGAGGAGGGGACCAGGCCACAGAGAGCAGUGCAGUUGCUGAACCGAGGGUUCUUCUCUCUUUCUCCUCCUGUCCCCAAAGCCAGCAUUUCCAGGCCGAAGUGCCUGCUGUGUUCCAGGGGAGGGCUAAAUAUUCCACACGCGGUCCCCAGGACAACCAAGGGAGGUCAGUCCUCCCUUCAUUCCCUUUUACAGGUGGGAAACCAAGGCACCGAACGGUUGAGCUUUGCCCCAGGUCACACAAGGAUGCUAAUAACGAUUCGGGUACCUUGGGAGGAGGUAGUUUAAGACUCUGCAGACGUCCUGGCCUUCAUCAGACAUUUCUCCUCGAGUUUUAACAGCCGUUGAUGAUUUUAACUGUCAUUCUAGGCCUGGACAAUGCAGACUCCACUGACCAGUCCUGUGCCUGUACUCCGGCUCCCCCGGGGUCCUGAUGGCUUGAGCCGAGGCUUUGCCCCUGAUGGACGUCGGGCCCUCCUGAAGCCAGAGGUUUCUGAAACCCCAGAGUCCCCCAUAGUUCACGAAUCUCGGGAAUCCCGGGAGCAGCGAGCCCGAGCCACGCUCCGGGAGCGCUACCUCCGCAGCUUGCUGGCCAUGGUGGGUCGCCAGGUCAGCUUCACCUUGCAUGAGGGCGUGCACGUGACUGCCCAGUUCGGAGCCACGGACCUGGACGUGGCCAACUUCUAUGUGUCGCAGCUGCAGACUCCCAUAGGUGUGCAGGCGGAGGCACUGCUCCGGUGUAGUGACAUUAUUGCAUACACCUUCAAGCUAUAAAGACAUUACUGUGGUCACCUUCUGCCUUAGGCCUGGCCACAGAUUCCCAGGCCUCCCACUGUCCUGGAUCUCUGGGCCCCAUAGAGUUUGGAACUUCCUUGGAAUUUUGAGCUGAUCUCCAAGCAACUUUGGCUUUUUCGGAUCUCCAGGGUCUAGUCAGUAAAAUUCUGCAACCCCAGGAGUUCUCAGUCCCAUGGAAAGGAAUGCUUGACCUCGAAGACCUCUGAACUCUACAGAAAUGUGGACCUCCAGCCAGUUCCUAAGGACGGGGUGGGCUGGGCUGGGGGAGGGGCAGUGGGAAUAAAGGAAGGUAAAUUGCA